AUGUUUUCUCUCUUUUCUUUUACCCUCUUCUCAUUAUUACUUAUUAUCUCUCCUCUUCACGUCUCUUCUUUGCACUUUUCUGUUACAUCUUUCAAAUUCUCAUUUCUUUCAUUCUUUUAUUUUUCCAUGCUAUUAGACGAAAGAAGCUGUGUCGCUAAACGAAACAUGCCACUAUCUACUGAUUUUCAUUACCUUCCCUCAUCGUCUGCUCUUUUCACUAAGUUUCUCUCUCUUUCUUAUAUGUCUUCAUAUUUUUACAUUUUUCCUUCUCUUUUAACCGCUUUCAUAAUAUUUAUAGAUUCUCCUUUUCUUUUUAACCGCUCUCUUAAUGUUUAUGUUUCACUCAUUUUCCCUCUCUUUCUUAUAUAUCUUCCUAUCUUCCUUUUUACUUCUUUUUCUUUUGUGUCCCUCUCGCUGUCUGUACUUUUCCCUCAUAUCCACUCACUCUCACUCUCUCUUAUUCCUCUUCAUAUUUUAUAUUUUAUACUUUCUCUUUAUCUCAUUCUCACUCUCUGUACUUUUCGCUUUUUACUCAUAUUCUCACUUUCUCUUAUAAUUUACUUUUUCCCUUUACCUUUUGCCUCUCUCUCUCUUUGUCUGUAUUUUUCACUCUUACUCUCUCUCUCUUAUUUCACAUGA